AUGCGCACGCAGCAGGAGGAGGAGACACACCAAGACGACGAGCAUCAGGAGUCUUCUCAACACCCUCAUCAAGAGCAAGCCCAUUUUGGCGAUAUGGCAUUGGUCUUGGACCAACACCUUCCGCAGAGCUUGGAACCUGGCUUCGGCUUAGGAGGUCAGUACAUCGUGGAAGGGUAUAUCUCUCCACAAUUGCUGACGGCGUAUACUCCAGAGUUCCAAUACGGCGACCCUGGCGAUCUGGGAACACCGCCUUCUGGGCCACCGGUGUUGACCCACUCAGACCAGUCCCUCCUCAGUAGCUUCUUCAACGACCCCAAUGGUAUCACGUCGAACCUCAUUCCCUACGAUACCGGCCUGCCGCAGGGCCACGAGGCUGCGAAUAGCGGCUUCAUGUACCAAUUCGGCAAUGGCAGCGGCUCUGCGCUAGGCUCACUUCACCACAAGUCGCACGUAAACGGCAGCAACGUGCAGAUCGGCCACACUGAGCAUUGGAAUCAGCCGCCGGCACAGCAGCACAUGAACGCCGACGAUAUCUCGGCUGCUUCUACGAUUCACAACUUGAAGGCGCCAACGCCGACUCCAAACUACUCCGGCCUUCAUGUCCCUGGUAUCAGCGCAUCAUGGGGCAACUUUGCCAUGCCAACUCCGAUACAGAACUCGGCUCAUAUUCCAAGCGUGCCAGGCCAGGCUCAAUUGCGCGCUGUGCCUACGCAGACACGUCAUCACUCCUUCACUUAUCCAAGUCAGCCUAUUUUCAGCCACAAUCACAUGUACCCGCCGCAGCCGCCUCCAAGUGAAGCAGCGCACGGAUCACAAACGCGACCUCGUCACAUGUCUUAUGGCGAGCAACCUCUUCAUCAAUGGUCUGACUUCCAACAACAACAAUACCAGUCUGGCCACGGUAUGAGCUUUGGCACCGACACUUCAUUUACCGGCGGCGGUUUUCAAUCCGCUACUCCUACUCAGGCUCACCACGAAGACAAGGAAGGCAAUCUACUCAACGUGCCAGGUGCAGAGCAAGCAGCAACGCGCCCACAAGCACAUCGCACAAUGAGUGACCAGCAGCAGAACGGCUCUCAGGGCCAAGACAACUCGAGACCUCCUACCAACGGCGGCUCAGGUGCCUCUCAAUGGGGCAACAUGACCUCAUCGACGAGGAAGCAAGAUGAAGGCGAGUUUGCUGAGCCACGCGACCGCAAGCGUCGCAAGAGCCAAAUGGAGGGACCAGGCGAAGCGCAGUUCACAUCAUAUCAAGGUCGGGGUGUAGAAGACGUGGGCAGCAUGGAGUCGCCACACAAGCGUCGCAAGUCAUCCACCAUGCCGGGACUCCCAGACUCGCCGGAGGAGUUUGACCGGAAUGGUCGGAGCAAAAAGAAGAAUCGCGAGACUCUUACUGAUGCCGAGAAGCGGCAGCAUCACAUCGAGUCGGAGAAGAAGCGGAGAGAGCUGAUUGCCGGAGGCUACAAAGACCUCGAGGGCAUGGUGCCUUGCUUGCAGCCAGGAAAGUCGGGUCUGUCGCGUUCAGAGGUCCUCCAAGAGAUAGCAUCUUAUCUGGAGACCCUGAAAGUGGGCAACAUUAGGCUUGCCCAGGCGCUGCAGACUUAUGGACUGGACAUCACUGCCGAGCAUCCAUACGCACCACAGAUCAAGACCGAGGAAGGUGUCGUCAACCAUGUCUUUAGUACUUGA